AGUGCCAACGCAGGUCGGGAAAGAGAUCUAACACCAACAAUCGUUCGAGCUCUGUCACACACCAUGAGAGCUCUUGGGACUGGUACCGUUUUACAGUAGAGCAGCAGAAAUCUCUUAUACAGGGCUGGAUCUGAGAUAAAAAGGACCUACAGUUAGGCAGUAGCAACCCUUGAUGAGGCAUGUAUGGCUUAUGAAGAAGAGAUUGCACUGCAGAAUGACAGAAGGUGGCAACAAUAAAUCUGCGCUGAACUGAAAGACAAGCUUGAACAAUAGUGUGCACAACAAAAAGGAAUGGCAAGGCUAGAAGUAGCUAUGGCAGACAGGAAGCAAGCAGAAGAGGAACAACAGAAAAAAGAAAAGAUCAAAUGCAUACAGAAAAGAUCACUGGAAAAGGGUUUGCUGCAGCAGCCUGUGAAGGAAAAGGAAGUACAAGCUCUUCAGCAGAAACAGGAGGAGGAAGGCCUCCUAAACAUCCUUAGAAACCAGGUUGCAGUUGUGGCAGAAUUUGACCCUGUGAGAAUAAUGAAUGACACAGAAGCAUCAAAGGCAAUACUUGGGACCAGCGCAGAUGAAGCGUUUGUUCUUCAAAGGCCACUUUUUUAAAUUUGCACACAUACAGUGAAAAUCAG